AUGCCGGUCAGGGCGGGCGACAGGCACCAGCAGGGCCAAACCGGACCCUCGGGAGGCAAGGCACUACCGCAAAGGCCUGCUAAAGCAGCAUCCAAAAAACGGGAUGAAGAUCUCUCCACUGAAGUGGGAGAGGGGCUUGAUGAAUGGGGAGCAGCAAAGACUCUAAUCAAACCCCCAGAUCAACUGGAGUUAACAGAAGCUGAAUUAAAAGAGGAAUUUACACGAAUUCUGACAGCCAAUAAUCCACAUGCUCCCCAAAAUAUUGUCAGAUACAGCUUUAAAGAACGAACCUACAAGCCAAUAAGCUAUGUGGAUCAAAUGGCCAUUCACUUCUCUAUGGAUGGAAACAUGAUACUCAAAGAUUCUGAUGAAGGCAGAAGGCAGAAUGCCAGAUUAAGCAUUGAAGAAGAAAAGCCCCCACUUGAGGAUUCUGCAGUAAUAUCUGAAGAAGCAGAGAUAAAAGAUGAAGAAAGCACAGAAGAUGCACAGGACAGAGCGUCUCAAUCGGAGCCUACACCUUGUAAAAAUUUUUCGGCCACUGCUAACCAGUGGGAGAUCUAUGAUGCCUAUGUGGAGGAGCUUGAGAAAAUGGAGAAGUCCAAAGAGAAAGAAAAACCAAGAGCUCAUAUAGCAAAGAAGGAAGAGAAGAGGAAGGAUAGAAAGUCAACCUCUCUGGAGUCACAGAGUGAUGAUAUAACCAAGGUCUCCAAGGCUGCCAAAAUAAUGGAGCGGAUGGUGAAUCAGAACACGUUCGAUGAUAUUGCACAAGAUUUUAAAUAUUUUGAGGAUGCUUCCGAUGAAUACAGAGACCAGCAGGGCACCCUGCUCCCACUCUGGAAGUUCCAGUAUGACAAAACCAAGAGACUUGCAGUUACUGCCAUCUCCUGGUAA